ACCCGCGACACCCCCGAAGACGCCACUAAGAUCAGCGGCCUUUUUCAAGAAUAGCCCCGGUAACAUGUGCUAACCUUCUACGAUUAAUACCUUCAAUUUUCUUUUUUCAUUUUUUUAUUUCCACCACAAAAAGAAAAACAGCCCUUUUUUCAAAAAAAAAGAAAAAGAAAAAAAAACAAUGUGGUACCCAUUCGGGUUAAUUAAAUUCAAGUGAAUAAGUGUAUUAGUGAAAAAUACUUAUGAAAAAAAAGAAGAAGAUGACAACGUGAAAGAUGACGAAAUCUAAAUCCAAAAUCCUGAUAGUUGAAAGUGCAACAGUGAAAAAAACAGUGUAUCAGUGAAUAAGAGGAAAAAGGUGGAGGUGGUGAAGGUGGCGGGAGAAAGGAGAGAUUUUUCUCCCCACCGCUUGGAAAAACUGCCCCCACCAAACGUGACAGCGUCGAAGUUGGUUUUUAGGUGAAGGGAGGUGAGGCGGCGGGAGGGGGUUGGGGGCAGGGGUCUCGGUGGCUGGGGGCGGCGGCCUCAAAAAUACACCGCAACCACACCGCGCGGCUCCACCGCAGAAGCCGCCACCUUCCACCGCCGAACCGAAACGAGACCGCGCGAGUUAAACACCCUUUUCGAGGUGUUCCAGGUGAUCUCUUCGCACAGAAGAACUAUAAUCAUCAACUUUUCCGUAUAACAACUUCAUCAAAAAAAAAAAUCAUAUCAAUUUUCUUUUUUCAAAAAUUUUAUCAAAAUUUUCCUCCAGUGAACAAAAUAAUUAAGUGAAAUUUUUCUUUUUUUUAAAUCAAGAAUCGUGAGUGAUUUUUUUUUUUUCAAAGAAAAGAGAUAGAAAAAAAAAACUAGUGUCGUUUCUUGGGGUAGGAAAAAAAUUCGGAGGGUUCUCUCGUUAUUCACUGACGACGACGACGACGAUUUCAAUAAAAGGAAUUUUCUCCGCGACUUGGCACGAGAUACGAGAAUUUGCAAACUUCGUAUUUGGAUCUCCGCGGGAUAAUGAAAUAAGGAUCAAAGAAUAUAGCCCCCCUUUUCACUUGAAUCGUAUCGCAGAGAGAAAACAAAUCUAAUUUCAAACGGAAAUCUAUUGGUUGUAUUUCUGUGGUUGUGUGUCCCCCCCCAAGAAUUUUUUUUUCCCCCUCUCUUUUUCUCAAAAAAAAAUUCCAAAUAUUUCUUCUAAAUAAUAAAUAAUUAAAUAAUAAUGAAGUAAAUUUCGAGAAAUUUUAAAGAUUAUGUGUGUGAUAGAAAAAAGAAAAAAAAAGUGUUUGAUGAUUUAGAACCGAUGACGAAUCCAUCGCGUGAUGCACGUCCCGAGGAUCAACCUCUGGGUCUAGACUAUACUGAUCCAAGAUCUAAUCAUCAUCAUCAUCAUCAUCAACAUCAACAUGUACAACAGAUGAAUAAUGUGAAUCAUCUGAGUGGUCCUAGAAUACGAAGAACGCGUGGUUCUUCGAGACGAAGAAUGCAUUUGGCUGGUGAAGUUCCUCCGCAGAGUUCAACUGGUGGUGGUAAUCAUAUAUCCGACUAUGUACUCACUGCUGAUCUUCUUGCUGAACGUACAUUGGAUGGAUUGCUUGCUGAACAUCCUGGGGAACUUGUCAGAACUGGUUGUCCCCAUCUUGUUUGCACUGUGUUGCCGUCGCAUUGGAGAUCAAACAAGACACUUCCGGUUGCAUUUAAGGUCGUCGCACUUGGUGAAGUUGGUGAUGGAACAUUGGUUACAGUGCGUGCUGGUAACGACGAGAACUGUUGUGCAGAAUUACGCAACUCAACUGCCCUUAUGAAGAACCAAGUUGCAAAGUUCAAUGACCUCAGGUUCGUCGGACGAAGUGGAAGAGGAAAGAGUUUUACGUUGACGAUAAUGCUGCAAACAACACCACCCCAAAUAGCAACACUGUCAAAGGCGAUAAAGGUGACAGUUGAUGGUCCUCGUGAACCGAGAUCCAAAACAAGGCAUCAGGCUUUUCAUCCCUUCCACUUUGGACCUCGACCAUUUCCCUUUGGGCAUCCACAAGAUCCAUUGGGAUUCAAGUUAACCGGUUUGCAACACCUGAGUCUGGAUCAAGGAGGAGGUGGACAAGGGUGGGGUGGUUUACCUAGAGGGGCACUUCCCCCACACUGUCUUCCACCACCGCCCGGUCAUCACUCGCAUACUCAUCCCACUUCAGGGGCAGCCUCGGCCUUCAACCCCUUCCAUCAUACCAUUGAACAAAGAUCUCCUAGGAUGCAAGGACCCGCUACCAACGAAUCUCCGAGAAAUGAUUUAGGACCAAUCACUGUUUCGGUACGAGAAGCAACACCCAGUGCUUCACCGGCAAAUCCUGGUCCAGGUCUCCUAACUACAGCAUCCGUUACGGCACCAACAUCGUCAGCAGAAUCCACAACAACUGCACCCAGUCCAUCUGGUCAUCAUUCACAUUUUCAAGGUCUUCAUCUAUUGGGUGCAACUAAUUCAUUGUUUGGAUCGAUAUUUGCCCCCCUACUACCACAAUCAUCUUGGCUCUAUAAUCCUCUUUAUCAUACACAACAAUAUAUUUUGGAACCCGAGUGGCAUGCAUUGGCUUUAAGAAUGGCUCAACAUCGUUUACAGAGGCCAGAUCAAGUUCGUCUUGAGGAAUUGAAAAAACUUCGUGCCAACAGCGAUAGUCCUGAGGAUAAUAAUUCCAAGGACGAAAGACGCGUUGACACUGAAAAUCGCGAUACCGAAAGUCCCGAUGGUAGUAUUGAAGUUGAUGAUCGUCACGAGCAGGAUAGAAAAAAUCGUAACAAAAGUGAUGAGUCAUUAAACGAACAAGAAUCACCGCGAAUAUCACCAAUACAAAAUAGUGAUCAUGACGAUACAAUUUCACCAGAAUUAAACGAAAGAGAAACAUCCAUUCGAUUGAGACCAAGUUUAGAGAAUCUCAACGAAUCGGAAAUUUAUGAUCAAGAACAAACUGUCUCUUGUGAUUUACCAGUGAAAAUAAGAGUCGAAGGCACUGUUGAUUUAAGCACAAAACGUGGACAGGAUAAAGAAAAUGUUGGACAGGAUCUCACGACAAAAAAAAAGGAUAAUGAAGAAUCCGAAAGAGAAUCCCUUCGAACAAGAAGGGACCGAAGUCCCAAACCAAGACAAGUUUGGAGACCCUAUUAAAAAAAAAAAAAAAUUGCCCUUGGUUUUCUCUAUAAACCAAAAAAAAAAACAGGACUAACCAGGGUUUCGAGUCAACUGCAAUGUAAAUACGUCCAAUGUUUAAGGAAUUGUAUCUAAAAACUCUCUAAUCCACAAAUUUUUUCCUCGUAAUUUAUUUCCAUUUUGUAUAAAAAAUAUUAAAAAAAAAAAAAGAAUUCACUAAUGACAAUUUUGACUCGAUGUAAAAUUCAAAAAGAAAAAAAAAUACUUAGCUGUCCUCUGUAAAUAAAUUUAGAUGUAUACGAUUUCCGUCAGGUGCACCAUGUGACAAAAAAAAAAUAUUAUUGUUUCUAGAGAAAGAUAUGAAUAAAAAAAAAAAAAAAACUAGUCGAGAAAUCUGUGCAAUUUUAGAAUUCUAUUGCCUUCUCGAUGCCUAUGUUCUUAGACAGAUUCGUUUAAGAAAAUUAAUCAUCAACUGUUUACGUAAACAAUCGAAUAAAUAUUCUUCGUUCCAAAAA